AUCGGGGACGGAGCCGGGGCUGGAACUGGGGCCAUGCUGAGCGUGCUGAGGGCCGGGCUGGCCCCGGGCCGCCCGCGCCACCUCCAGCUGCUCCUGAGCUCCUGCAGACACUGCUCCUCGGGGGUCCUUCCCAACGAGAGGAUCCGCAACAUCGGCAUCUCGGCCCACAUCGACUCCGGGAAGACGACGCUGACGGAGCGGAUCCUGUUCUACACCGGCAGGAUCGCGCAGAUGCACGAGGUGAAAGGUAAGGAUGGAGUAGGAGCUGUAAUGGAUUCCAUGGAGCUGGAGCGACAGCGGGGCAUCACCAUUCAGUCUGCAGCCACUUACACCAUGUGGAGAGACACCAACAUCAACAUCAUCGACACACCAGGGCACGUGGACUUCACCAUUGAAGUGGAGAGGUCUCUGAGAGUCCUGGAUGGAGCAGUCCUGGUCCUCUGUGCUGUUGGAGGAGUCCAGUGCCAGACCAUCACUGUGAACAGGCAGAUGAAGAGGUACAGCGUGCCCUUCCUGACCUUCAUCAACAAACUGGACAGGAUGGGCUCCAACCCAGCCAGGGCCGUGCAGCAACUCAGGUCCAAGUUGAAGCACAAUGCAGCUUUUGUGCAGAUUCCAAUUGGGCUGGAGGGAAACUUCAAAGGAAUUAUAGAUCUGAUUGAAGAAAAAGCCAUUUAUUUUGAUGGUGCACUCGGCCAGACCCUGCGUUUCGAGGAGAUCCCCGCCGAGCUGCGGGCGGAGGCCGCCGAGCGGCGCCGGGAGCUCAUCGAGUGCGUCGCCAACUCGGACGAUCAGCUCGGGGAGAUGUUCCUGGAAGAGAAGAUUCCCACAGCUGCUGAGCUAAAGCUGGCCAUCAGGAGAGCGACUCUGAGCAAGUCCUUCACCCCCGUCCUCGUGGGGAGUGCACUGAAGAACAAAGGGGUGCAGCCACUGCUGGAUGCUGUCCUGGAAUACCUUCCCAAUCCUUCUGAGGUGGAGAAUUAUGCCCUCCUGAACCAGGGGGAUUCUGAGGACGAAUCCAAGUUCCUGUUGAACCCUGCUCGUGAUAAUUCCCAACCUUUCAUCGGCCUUGCCUUUAAACUGGAGGCUGGUAAAUUUGGGCAGUUAACCUACAUCAGAGUUUACCAGGGGAUGCUGAAGAAGUCUGAUUACAUCUACAACACCAGGACUGGGAAGAGGGUGCGAGUGCAGAGGCUCGUCCGGAUGCACUCGGACAACAUGGAGGAUGUAAAUGAAGUUUAUGCUGGAGACAUCUGUGCCCUGUUUGGGAUUGACUGUGCCAGCGGGGACACCUUCACUGAUAAAACCAGCACUGCCAUCUCCAUGGAAUCCAUCCAUGUCCCUGAUCCCGUCAUUUCCGUGGCCAUGAAGCCUUCCAACAAGAACGACUUUGACAAGUUUUCCAAAGGCCUGAGCCGCUUCACAAGGGAAGAUCCCACUUUCAGAGUGCACUUUGAUGAUGAGAGCAAGGAGACCAUUGUUUCUGGGAUGGGGGAGCUGCACCUGGAAAUCUAUGCCCAGCGAAUGGAGAGGGAAUACGGUUGUCCUUGCACCAUGGGGAAGCCCAAAGUUGCCUUCAGGGAGAACAUCUCUGCCCCUGUGCCGUUUGAAUUCACCCACAAGAAGCAGACAGGAGGGGCGGGCCAGUACGGCAAAGUCAUCGGGGUGCUGGAGCCCCUGGAUCCCGAGGACUACACGAAAGUAGAGUUUGAAGACAGAACCGUUGGCACAAAUAUUCCCAAACAAUUUGUGCCCGCUGUGGAAAAGGGGUUCCGAGAUGCCUGUGAGAAGGGCCUGGUGUCGGGGCACAGGAUCUCCGGGGUGCGCUUCGUCCUGGAGGACGGGGCCCACCACAUGGUGGACUCCAACGAGAUCUCCUUCAUCAGGGCAGGAGAAGGAGCCCUAAAGCAAGCCAUGGAGAACGCCACGGUGCGACUCAUCGAGCCCAUCAUGGCCGUGGAGGUGAUGGCUCCCACGGAAUUCCAGGGAGCUGUGAUAGCCGGGAUCAACCGGCGCCACGGGCUCAUCACGGGGCAGGACGGGGCAGAGGGCUACUUCACCCUCUAUGCUGAGGUGCCCCUGAACGAUAUGUUUGGAUAUGCCACCGAGCUGAGGUCCUGCACAGAGGGAAAGGGGGAAUAUACCAUGGAAUACUCCAGAUACCACCCAUGUUCACCCAGCACUCAGGAAGAAAUUAUCAACAAAUACCUGGAAGCAACGGGGCGACUUCCUGCCAAAAAGGGCAAAGCCAAGAGCUGAUCAGACUUCUCUGAACACUUUUUCCCAGUCUCCUCCAAGAGCUCAGUUUUCCAAGCCAUGGAAGCAGGCAAGGCUGGCUGGGGAAGGCAGGCUGCAGUGGGAUUUGGACUUGGAAUUUUGUCAUCAUGCCCUUCCUCUGUGGAAUUCUCAGGAGCCACCAGAGGAUCACAGCGGAGUUGUUCACGUGUAAAUGCUGUCCUUACCGAAAUAUAUGCUAGAACACGGCUGAUAACUGGUCUUGAAGCUUAUCUUAAUUAAGUUCUAUUAAAAUAAUUGUAUUUUUUACUUG